AUGUGGAGAGCCUUGCUAUUACUCUCUAUAGGUGCUUUUGCAGUUUGCCCUAAGUAUCAAUGCCAUACAGGAGGCAUCGAUGUCGGUCCUACAUGUGCAUACCCAACAGCUACAAACGAUAUUAUGAUGCAAUUGUGUGAUGCUUCAAAUCUAUUCUUUUUCCCCUAAAUUAUUCUAUAUUUUUACACAGAAAAUCCCUAUUUUCAUAUAAUAAUAAUUUGAUACUUUCUAUAUAAAAGGGAAUAAAUCCUGUAUGCCAAGUGACACCACAAAUCACCCACAAUUUCACAUGUCAGCCUUUUGAUAAUAGCCGCCCAAUGGAGCUAAAUUACCCAGGCGAGUUUUGUCACUCCAACAAUCAAUGUCUUUCAGGAUCUUGCAUGAACAACCUGUGCCAAGGCCAGCCUUUAGGAGGAAUGUGUGUUUCUCAUGCAGAUUGUAAUGUAGGACUUUUCUGCAACCAAGCUGGACAUUGCAUAAAGCAAUUAGGCAUUUCACAGUCUUGCAACUCUGAUUGGGAUUGCCAAAAUAUUAAUUUUUUUAAAUAUUUAAUUUUAUGAAUUUUUUUUAUUAAAAAUUACCUUAACGCCAAAAUAACUUAGCCUGCAAUAGAACCCUUUACAAUCCUGGCUUAUGUGUUCCUUACUAUUCAGUUCCUAAUGGUGACGCUAUCGGCAUGUGUGUAACAGAACUAUCAGAAGGUGUCUCAAACCUCUGCCAGAGUGGCUCAUGCACCCAGCAGAAGCCAAAUACAAACGGAGAAGGAUUCUGCCAGCCAAGCAUCAAAACAGUUGGAAAAUUCCCUUCAAAAUGUGUCGGAGACACUGACUGUAUUGGCUCAAACUCUCCAAAAUCCUCAUUUACUGGGACUUGUGCAUGCGGAAUGAACCCUACUGGAGAAAGUUACUGCAACUCCUGGUCAGGAGAUGAGCCAAACCAAAUUGUUCAAGAUAUCUGGAUCCAGCAUGUCAACUCUGUAGGUAUUGCUAACUGCCACACUAUGAGAAGAUUUUCACAGUCCUGCUUAUACCACACUAUGACUCCUCCACAACUGGCAAAUUUCACUCAAAAUGAGCUGAAGUCAGCAGAUAUUGCAAGGUACCAAAACAAUGACGUCUGCACCCAAGUUAUUUUUAAUAGAGAUUACUAUAGAGUCACUCCACAGUCCUUUAUGUGCAAAGCUUAUGGCUGUGAUACUAAGAACCCAUGGGCAACUGAGACUUGUGUCACUUAUCAAGAGGGAAGCAAUAAAUUCGCAAUCAAAGAGUGUGCGAAUAAAUUGUACUGCAAUACCCAGGAAACCUUUGGACAUGAGUGGAUGAACUCCACUUGUGGACCUGCCCCAACACCAGCUCCAUUAUAUCCUGGCCAAAUAUGUAAGGUAAAUACUGAUUGUUUAUCUGGAAAAUGCGUUGGUGGGAAAUGCAGAGGUGCAGUUCAAACGGAACCAUGCAAUGACGAUUACGAUUGCAACACUGGCUUAUACUGCUACUCGGUUAAUUUUGUAUUCCAAUGUGUUCCUCAAAUCCCAGUUGGACAGCAAGGCUGCGCUACAGACUACGAUUGUGUCACAAAUGCUGGAUGCAAUGCGACUAAAGAGUACCCUAUUGGAGAAUGUGUUGCUUAUUUCUCAGUACCUUUAGGAACUGAAGUGCCUUGCCCAGUCUCUGGAAACAAUUAUUUAUGCAACUCAGGAACUUGCUAUAACAAUGGAAAAGAUGAUAGAGGUGUUUGUGUCCCACCACCAAAAUCUGCUUCAUUUGGAGCUCCGUGCGCAACCAGCAAUGAUUGUAUGGGCUCAAACGCAAAUGGUCAAUCCUUUGUUGGACAAUGCCAAUGUGGCUAUAAUCCAUACGGAAAUAAAUAUUGCAGUGCCUUUGCUGGAGAUCCACCAGGUGUUCAAUUCGUUAAUAAAGUUUCUCCACUUUACAAGCUUUCUGCCAUCACAAUGUGCCAUACUUCGCUGAGAUUUAACACUAACUGUUUAGAUAUGGUCGCAAGUAUGACUGGAGCCAAUGCAAAUAUAUUUUUAUUAUAAAAAAUAGGCAAAUUUUUAUUUUAUGAUUUAUUAUUUUCCUAAUAUAAUCAGUGUUCUGUUUCUGGCAAUAUUAAACGAUUUUUAGAUUAAGGGAUAUUUAUUAUUCGGCUUUGUUGAAUUUCACAAAUUUCCCAGCUUAUAUGGAAAAUGACGAAUGUGUAAGAACUGUGAUUAAUCAAGCAUUUUGGUCAAGAUUGCCACCUGGGCCUUCACCUCCUCCUCCACCAGGACCUGAUAAUGACGAUCAUAGCUCCGCAGCAAUCCUUACUAUGGUGAUGAGCUUAUUAGCCUUCUUCUUUUAA